AUGGAGGAAGUGAAGGACAUAGGAGUGGAGCAUCAGAGUAUUGGUAAUGAGGCUAGUCAUGGUUCUGGGGAUUCGAAUAUUAACAUGUUAUCAGUUAAUGAGCCAGUCAUUGUGACUCAAGGAGGAGGGAGUGCUGGCACUGGUCAGCAGAAGAAGCUUAAUUCUCCUGAGAGGGAAACUAGAGGGAGUACUCCUAGGGAGGGUAAGGACCGUGGCAAAGUAGGAGGGAAACCAUAUCCGAAAAAGUCUGGAGCUGAGAACAUCCCUCCUAGUCCGGGUUCAGAUGGCCAGAUCAAAGGGGUGAAUAAAAACAGAGGGAAACCCAUGGCUAGCUCGGAUGGGAUGAACAAGAUUAGUAGUGCUUCUACCAGUAUUGCUAAUAGGGAUCAGGGUGGGGAUCCUUUGUUAAGGUUGGACCCGGGACUUUCUGGACAGAUUGGGAAAGUGGGGAUUCCUAUCAAGUUGGUGGGUGAGCCUAAUGUCCACCAGCUUGGAACUGUAGAGGAGUGGGGAAGAGUGGGUUCCCUUCUCUGGAUCCGGUUGGUUUCUGGUGGGAUCUGGGUUCUUUGGGACAAUAAUGUAGUGGAGGUGGAGGUGUUAAAGACUCACCACCAGGUUGUACAUACUCGGGUGAGGUACCUGGGAGUGGGGAAAGUUAGCUUCAUUUCUUUUGUGUAUGGGAGUCCAAGAAGAUUGGAGAGGAUGGCUCUUUGGCUGGAGUUAGAGGCCAUUAGCUUAGAGUUCCCUGGUCCCUGGCUUGUAUUGGGAGAUUUUAACUCAUUUUUAAAGGCAGAAGAGAAAAAAGGAGGUAGAGAGGUCUGCUGGAGGAGCAUCUCUGAGAUGCAGCAGUGUCUCAGCAACUGCAGUGUUGAUGAUAUGGGUUAUAAGGGCCCUGACUUUACUUGGAAACAUGGAAGACUGCAUGAGAGGCCUAUUCUCUUGUGUAAUGAGGGGCAAGAGGAGGAUGGUAGUUGGCUGCAUGCUAGGGACCAAUUUGAGAAGGAUGCUAAGAUCUGGCACCAGAAUGUGUUCAAGGAGAAUAUGAGGAGGAAAAACAGACUAUACUCAAGGUUGAAUGGUUUGGAUUCUUACAAGUAUGGUAGGUAUGACCAUAAUACAGAACUGUUGCAAAAGGAGCUUUGGAGGGAACUUCAGGCCAUUUUGGUGAGGGAAGAGCUGAUCUGGUUCCAGAGUUCAAGGAAUCAGUGGUUGAAAUAUGGAGAUAAGAAUUCCAGGUUUUUUCACUCAUCCACAAUUGCUAGGAGGAGGCAUAAUAGGAUUGUGACUCUGAAGAAUGAACAAGGGGAGUGGAUUGCUGAUUCUGAUAUGCUGGUAAAUAUGGCUACUUCAUUUUACCAAGGCUUGUUCAGUAUUGAGGAAGAAAGGGAUGGAGUGUUCCCUAUCCAGAAUGGCUUCCCGGUGUUAACUGAUGCAGAGAAGAGAGUCCUUGCUAUUAGGCCAAACAGGGAGGAAAUAAGGAAGACUGUAUUUAGAAUGGGGAAAUUCAAAGCCCCUGGCCCUGAUGGUCUAAGUGCUGUGUUUUUCCAAAGCCAGUGGAAUGUUGUUGGUGGGUCAGUUUGUCAGCUUGUGGAGGAUAUUUUUUGCUCUCCUGAGAAGGUGAGGGACAUCAAUGGUACAUUUCCUUUUUUGAUUCCCAAAAAGGACAGCCCUGAGAAUAUGAAAGAUUUUAGACCCAUUAGCUUAUGCAAUGUGGUUUAUAAGAUCAUCACAAAGAUCAUUGCUGGAAGGUUGAAGGAUUUAAUGCCUCGGAUUGUGUCUCCCAAUCAGUGUAGUUUUAUAAUGGGAAGACAAGGUACUGACAAUAUUAUUAUUGCCCAAGAAGUUAUUCAUUCUACGAGACUUAGGAAGGGUAGGAAGGGCUGGAUGAUGAUAAAAGUGGAUUUGGAGAAAGCCUAUGAUAGGCUUGAUUGGAGUUUUGUGGUUGAAGCCUUGAAGGACAUUGGGCUUCCUGAUUCUCUGGUGCAACUAAUUUUUAGCUGUAUUUCCACAGCCUCCAUGAGAUUGCUAUGGAAUGGAAUGGCCACUAAGGAAAUAAUUCCAGGUUGGGGCAUUAGGCAAGGGGAUCCUAUCUCCCCUUACCUGUUCGUUCUCUGCAUGGAGAAACUAGCUCAGCUAAUUCAGAUGGCAGUGGAGACAGAAGCCUGGAAGCCUAUUGUGUUAAGGAAAAAUGCUCCACCUAUAUCUCAUCUGCUUUUUGCAGAUGAUAUCAUCUUGUGUGCUGAAGCCAGCUUGGAGCAAGCGCAUGUGAUAAAUCAGGUGUUAAGGGUCUUUUCUGAUGCUUUUGGACAGAAAAUCAGUAAGGAGAAGACCAGAGUGUUCUUUUCUAAGAAUGUAAGCUUGGGGAGGGCUAAGGAAAUUAGUGGAUCUCUUGGCAUUGGGAUUACCCCAGAUCUGGGGAAGUAUCUUGGAGUUCCUCUUUUUCAUAAAAGAGUAACUAAAAACACCUUCAGGAAUGUUUUGGAUAGAGUACAGGGAAGACUGUCUAGGUGGAACCAAUCCUCUCUAACUUUGGCUGGCCGUGCAACUUUGGCCAAAUCAGUCCUUGAGUCCUUGCCAGUGUACCCCAUGCAAGCUGCUGUCCUGCCUAAGGGAAUCUGCAAUGAAGUGGAAAAACUGACUAGGAGUUUCUUGUGGGGCUCUUCAAGAGGCCAAAGGAAAACACACUUGGUUAGUUGGAAGAAAGUGUGCACCUCUAAAAAGGAGGGGGGUUUGGGUUUCAGGAAUCAAUCUCUGGUUAAUAAGGCAUUUUACAUGAAGCUUGGUUUCAACCUCAUAGCCAACAAGGACAGCAUGUGGGUGAAAGUUUUAUGCAGUAAGUAUAAGGUUGGUGAGGGUUUUAGCCCUGUACUAAAGAGAGGAAGCAUGGAGUCCAAUGUCUGGAAAGGGAUUCGGAGUGUGUGGGAUCAAGUUAUUGAUGGCUCAAGGGUAAGUAUUGGAGAUGGUUCUAGCUCUUCAUUCUGGUUUGAUAGAUGGGUACCUAGAGUUGGGAGAUUGGUUGGCCAUGCUUUAGCUGAUAUUCCCGAGGAGAGCUUAAAUUGGAGGGUGAUUGAUUGUGUCCAUAGAGGUGAUUGGGAUUGGGGCAAAUUUAAUAAUUUUCUUAGCAGGGAGGCUCUGGUUGCUGUUGGUAAUGUUAGUCCUCCAUCUCAUAUGGCUGGUAAGGAUAAGUUGUUCUGGACCCUUUCUAGCUGUGGAUCCUUCAAGGUUGGCUCUGCUUACAGAUCUUUAUCCUGUCAGGGCAUGAAUGUCUCUUCUAAAAGCUGGGACACGGUUUGGAAGUGGGAGGGACCACAAAGAGUCAAGCUCUUUCUAUGGCUGCUAUCUGGGAACAAGCUCCUUACAAAUGCAGAGAGAUACUGUAGGCAUAUGUCUGCUGUUGAUUUAUGUCCUAGAUGUAACAUGGCUGGGGAAGAUGUUGAUCAUGUGUUUAGGAGCUGUCAAUGGAGUCAAGAGGUGUGGAGCUACUGGAUAGAAAAGAAUGAGUUGCCAUACUUUCUGAUGGCAGACUUGGAGUUUUGGUUAGAUAAUAAUCUUAACAGAAAAGAAAGGAACAUGGCUUGGAGACUGAAAUUUGGAGUAAUUUGCUGGCUUAUUUGGAAGCAUAGGAAUGAUCUGGUCUUUAAUGGGAAGCAUUCAUUCCCCCACGAGAUCUUUUCACAAGCCUCUUUGUUUGUGUCAAAUAUAAAAGUGGCUGAAAGCAUCUUAACUAUUGCAGGUCUGUCUGUUGACAGUCACGAUAAGAUCAUGAUCUGUUGGAGGCCACCCCCUGUUGGGUGGAUCACAAUUAAUACUGAUGGGUCAUUCUCAGGUAAUGGAGGCAGCUCAUCUUGUGGUGGUGUUGUUAGAGAUGAGGAAGAGGGAUGUAUUAUGGGCUUCUCUAAGAGGGAUCUGCUUAUGAUAGCUAAGGAAUGGAAGGUAGUUACAAGUCAUGUAUAUAGUGAAGGAAAUCAGGUGGCUGAUAGGAUGGCCACUGUUGGAAGCCAUGCUGAUUGGAGCACACACUGGUAUAGCAGCGUUCCUGUUGGUUGUGAGGAGCUGUUCCUAGAGGAUAAUAGAGGCACAUUGAUGCCUAGAUACGUAGCUGUGUAA